UCAUUUUUAUAGAUCCUUUUUCAUUUCAAUAUUUAUUUACACUUUAUCUUUACGGAAACUUUAUUGAACAGAAUCCUUUAAAUAUUUAAAAAACAAAUAUUAAAUAAAAUGAUGAUAUGAUAUUUUAUAUCCCACAUUUGCUCUCAGAAAGAUGUCACUUAAAAUUAUACAAAAUUACGCAAAACAGGCAGUCAACAUUAAUCGAACGUUAAUACAUGGUGCAAUUACACAACAUGAUUGCCGAUUCUUUGCUAGUACACCAAAAGACAAAGUGGAGACGAAAAUAUCAAGUUAUAGUGAAAUCAAUGAAGUUGGACGAAGUAACGUUCGAGGAUAUUUUUUUGGGAAGUUUUUCGAUUAUGUUCAGAAUUAUGAUAAAAUUAUCGAAAAACGAUUUCCUGGUGCCAUGCAAGUGUAUCGUGUUUUUAUGACAGGUGUAAGGGAAUUUGUUAAAGAUAUGAUACGUUUCUUAAAAAUAACAAAAAUAGCAAAUAAUUCAGAACUAGGACUUAGAGCACUGAAUCGCAGUGAAAUCGAAUGUUAUUAUUAUUUACCAAAGGACAUGUUCAAAAUAGCACCUACAUUAUUAAUAUCGGCAUUGCCCUUAGCAAAUUACGUAGUUUUUCCUAUUGCAUACAUGUAUCCACGAACAUUUUUGACCUCCCAUUUUUGGACUGAAAAACAAAAGAAUGAUUUCAGGAUAGCUUAUCUAAGAGAAAGACUUAUUUACAACAAACCGGUUUUUCGUUUACUGCAAGCUAGAUUGGACGUUUUGAAAAAAACGAACGAUACAAAAUUAGAACAUGCAAAAAUGAAGUCCGUUUUAGAUUACCUAGGUAGUGGAACACAUCCUUCACCAGAAGAAAUAAUAAGAUUGAAGACGAUUUUUACAAAGAAGCCUUUUAAUUUAGAAUCCCUUACCUCUAGACAUUUAACCUAUUUAUGUUAUCUAUACAGCUUACACACAUGGGCAGGAAAAAGAGGACGAUUGAGCGAACGUUCGUACCUUAUUCAUCAUAUGGACUUGGCUAUUGAUCGUGAAGGUGGAGCUCAUAAUAUGAACGAAGAUUCUUUACGACAUUCGUGCUUUUUGCGUGGGUUGAAUCCAACAAACCUAACCAAAGAAGAAAUGACCGACUAUUUAAAAAAAUGGGUUUUAGUAUCUAAUGAAGUAGAUGGUGAAUGUGUUAGUUUAUAUUUGCAUUUGCCGAUAUUUUUGGCAUACAACCAUCCUAAUAAUUGGAAAUUGAUACAUUAACAUGAAUAAAAUAAUUCUUUUGGAUCCGCAUUUUUAUUUAUAUAUU